UAAGAUAUAUACAUCCAAUAACAAAAACAACAAAUAAUAAUGCUACACCAUUGCGAGAGCGAAAGUGGAGAUGAAUUACCUGCAGUGGACAUCACUCCUCGUACGCCUGUGGUUGCGCAGCCACGUUCCGCGCGAGGCUCACGUGUCGCUAUUGAAGCGUUUACACCACGAAAACGGACGGAUAAAACGCUGUGGCAAGCGUCUCUGGGGCACAGGGACUGGAGUUCCGGUUUGCUGAGCUGUAAAGAGGAGAGCUGCUUUUCAAUUUAUCACGUUGUUUGCUGCCCCUGUCUGGUGGUAGGGUCGAUGUUAGGGCGACUCGGGGAGCCGCGUGGAGCCGCCGCUUUACCGUGUGUGUGGCCACUCCUCCGGACCAAGAUUAGGACGUUAGGUGGUGUGCGGGGGAUGGUGCUAGGCGACUGUUGCGCGAGCGCUUGUUGUCCGUGUUGCUCGCUGUUACAGAUGUCACGUGAACUGGGUCACAUGAUCGUCCAGCCUGCCCAGUUUCUCGCACCAUGACUUCCGUUACGUUCAUCACCAGUGCGCAUGCCAUGAUCGAGUCGUUAUGGAUUUUUUAAGAAUUAAGACAUUAUACUAAG